AUGGAUUCGGAGGGUACUUCUAGGGAGGUUACUUCUAGGGAGGUUACUAGGGAUAUUGUUAGCUUACCUAACAACCCGUCAAAUAUCGGGGAAAUAGCCAAUGUAGCUCUUAAAACUACUGUCGCUAUUGGUGAAAUGCUGCCGUUUGCAGCAGCCGCUUGUCAACUAGCAAGUCAAAUUAUAGACAUGGUAGAAUCAGCUCAACGUCAUAAAAAAAUCUGUAAAGACUUAUCGAGAAGAAUUGACAAAGCGACAAAAAGAAUACAAGCAAAUACACCAACAAAAGAUGUAAGCCUUGCGAUCCAAGUUUCAUAUCUCCUACAAAGCCCAUGCAAUGCAUGA